UAUCGGAGGUAUCCUGAAAUCGUGUUGGCGAUAGUUGCUGUUCACUCGCUCUGUCACAUCCACUUAUUGUUUUUUUGAAGUUGUUGUUUUUUUCUUCUAGUAGGUUUGUUUGGUUAUUUUUUUGUUUUUUUCCGAGUUUUGCAAGGACAACCAGCAAGGACGAAAACAACGACAACAUGUCACAUAUGAUGCUAGGGGUGAUGCCAUAGUGAUGAUAAUUGAACGUGUAUGACACUUGUUCGCUUUGAUUACUGUUACGUUCGUUUCUCUGGUGUUUACUAGUUUGUUUUUGUGUUGCCCCCGUUUUCGUCCUUUUAACGAGUCCUGUCGAGUCUUGUGGAUACUGUGCGUUAAAGUAUAAAGAGUGGACAAUUGGAUAUGGCUUAAAAGUGAGGAGCCCCCUCCUUUUUUUUUCCUCUACUUGUACACACAUAAAUGACUAUCCUGAUUUUGUAUAUCCUUUGAUUUGCAUAUAUCCUGGCACCAGAGUGGACACCACUAAUGGAUAUCUGGAAAGUUGCACAGGUGGGCAAACACGUUUAAUAAUUAAAAAUGAGUUUUCGAAUUGACAAUUGACGGGAUUGUCUGCUGGUUAGUGUGGCGGAAUUGGAUAGUUGUUUUGGAGUGUUUUUUUUUUGUUCUGUGUCCUUUCGAAUCCUUGUUGUAUAUCUCCCCUAAGCGUGUGUCGGUAGACCUGAAUCGAGUAUUGUUGUCCUUUAUAUCCUUCAGAGAGAUUCACGUCGGUUUUUGUGGUGUUUUAAAUCCGGAUCGCUAUCAAAUUAUACACACAAAAAAAAAAAAAAUAAAGGAAAUUCAAUUGAAAUUAUUUAUAAAAGGCUUUUAUCCUUUUAAUUGAGAUGAUGUGUAUGUCCUUUUAAGUGCAAGUGGUGAGCAAUAAAAUUAAUAUUUAGAAAAAAUAAUAAAUUCCAAGUGUUUUCGAGAUUACGUUUUAAUUUGAAGAAGCAACCAACAAAAAAAAAAAAUAAACAAAUUGGUCUACUCAACGUUGAUUAUGUACACAUCCUUAUAUUAGCCAUCCAGCAGGAUAAUAUACCACCAAAAAGCAUUCCUUGCCCAAAAAUAAAACGGAAGGAAGAUCCAUUGUGUUUUUGUGUGUCUCUGUCUGGUUAGUCUCUCUUGAGUCUGUGUGUGUGAUUGUGAAUCACAAGGAUUAAUUUCUAUCAUCAAUUAUAAAGGACUUUGGAAGCUGUCUUUACUGCAUAAUACAGUGUAAUUGUGGGAAUUGAUGCCAUGGACAUUAUGAUCAACAAAAAGGCGGAUGUUCUUCGGAUGGGCAUUGUUCUCUGGAUGUUCUUCGUCUGCAGCAUAUGUGAUGCACACAAAUACUACAACGUAACACUAAACAUCGAGCCUGAAUGGAUACGUCGAGGUCAAAGUGUACGUUUAUAUUGCAACUAUGAACUAGGUGGUGAUCCUUUAUAUUCAGUAAAAUGGUAUCGAGGACAUUUAGAAUUUUAUCGAUAUUCACCAUCGGAAAAUCCACCUGGAAAAAUAUUUCAUUUUCCAGAUAUAAAAGUUGAUUUAACUGCCUCGAAUGACACCCAAGUUACGUUGCGUAAUGUGGGUUUUAAAUUAUCUGGAAAUUUCUCAUGUGAGGUGACAGCGGAUGCACCAUCGUUCCACACAUCGUUUGCUUCAAAUGCUCUAACGGUUGUCGAACUUCCACAUGCCCCACCAACACUUUGGACGGAAAGAGAACGAUACGAUCCUGGUGACAUAUUGCGAGCCAAUUGUUCAACUCCUCCAUCAAAACCAGGAGCGGGUAUUGCGUUUUUCCUAAACAACAUACCGGUUGGCAGCGAAGUAACUCAGCUACAUCCGGCGAUAGAGAGCUUAUUAUGGGCAUCUCGGGAUCUGACAAUACAAUUACUGCCUUCACAUUACCACAAUGGUCAAUUGACGUUACGCUGUACGGCGGAAGUUGGCCAAAUCUAUGCCGAAAGCACCGAGGCGCCACUUUGGAGUUCGAGAAAAGAACCGGUGCCAGAAAGAGUCACAUCACCGAAUGCGGCAAAUCGAAUACCAACAGCCUCGUCGCUAGGAUUCAUUUUUAUGUUCUACCUUACCUGGAUGGCAAUGGAUUGCGUUAGCAGAUAGUUUGAUUAUAUUAAAAAUUAUUUAUGCAAUUAUAGAUACGGUUUUUAAAUAAAUUAUCAUUAUUACCUAGAAAAUAGAAUUUACAACCACAAAAGAAAAAAAACAAAAAAUAUAUUAAUUUUUAGAAUAAAUUAAAAUUACAAAGCAAGCAAAUUGUGAAAGAUGAAAUACCUACACAAACAGAAAAAAAUGUCAAUACAUAUAGUUAAUAUUUUUUAACUUAAGAACAUUUCUUACUGUUUAAAAAUUAAAAUUAAAAAUAAAAUAAAACCAAAUCAAAACAAAAAUAAUUAUUUAAAAUAAACAAUAAAUAUAAAUAUAUAUAGGUAUUUUA